GGCACUAGUGGAAGCAGGGAGACUGGGUUGGUGAGUGAGCUAGAGUCCAGUCGCUUGCGAAUCGAAGCCAAAGUGUAUCUUCUCCCCCCAGCAAAAGCUUAGCUUCUUGCUUAAUUAGUUGCUUGACAAAGUGAAUCUUCUUCUUCUUCUCCAUCUAUCGAGCUCAUAUAGCUAGCUAGGAGCAAAUAUAAAUCAGUAGAAUUAAGCUAAUUAGAGGUCAUGGAGGAAUAUUGGCAGGACGAUUUCGGGUUCGGGCAGGAGCUCAUGAUGAGGGAGCUCCUCGACGAAGCCGCCACUGCGGCGCCAUCGCCGGUGGAUGCCGGUGCGGCAGCUGGUUAUUCUUCUUACUCCAGCAAGGACGAUGAAGAGGAAGAGGAGGAGUACUGUCGCUCUGCAGCUCGGCGGCGGCCGGAGCAGCAGUCGUCCAUGGUGAACAAGCUCAUCUCGGCGGUGUACUCCGGGCCCACUCUCAGUGACAUCGAGAGCGCCCUCUCCUUCUCCGGCGCCGGUGCCGCCGACCCUCUCGCGGACGGCCGCAAGUACAGCUCCACCCCAGUGGUUUUCUCGCCGGAGAAGAUGAUGAGCAAGAUGGAGAACAAGUACACAAUGAAGAUCAAGACUUGCGGCAACGGGCUCGCCGACGAUGGCUACAAAUGGAGGAAAUAUGGUCAGAAAUCCAUCAAGAACAGCCCCAAUCCGAGGAGUUACUACCGGUGCACGAACCCGCGGUGCAACGCGAAGAAGCAGGUGGAGCGGAGCACCGAGGAGCCGGACACGCUGCUCGUCACCUACGAAGGCCUCCACCUCCACUACACCUACUCCCACUUCCUCCAAGCCCACCACCACCCGGCCCAACCCCAACCCCAAGCCCAAGCCCAAGCCCAAACCGCUGCUGGAUCCAAGAAGCCCAAGCUGCACUCCGCCGCCGACAUCACCCCUGCAACAGCAGCAACGACGACCUCGCCGCCGCCGUCCAUGGCCUCCGCCGCUACCGUGCCAGCUACAGCUGCCGCUGCUGCAGACGGCGAAAACGUCGACGGCCGGUUCAUGCGGUGGCCGGCGGCAGUCGUCCCCAACUCCGACGACAGCUCCUAUAAUUUCUUCGAUGGGAGCGGCGACAUUGUUGGCGAUGCAGAGGAGGAUCAUCAGGGGAGGAUGACGAGCAUCAUCAAUGGCGGCAGCGGGCUUCUGGAGGACAUGGUGCCGCUGCUGGUCCGGCGGCCGUCGUCUGGCAACGACGACUCGGCGGCGACGACGACGACGACGACGAACAGCUCCUCGACAUCGACGCUGGGGUCGCCGGCGGGGGCAGGGGCGUGGGCGGCGCCGUCGCCUUCGACGUCGUCCUCCGUGUCAUGGAACCCGGCGUCGCCCUACAUCGACAUGGCCAUCCUCUCCAACAUCUUCUAAGCUAAUUAAAGGCCCUGGCCAAUUAAUAAGCCCCUAGCUAGUAUUUGCUCCUCUGUCGAUUGGGAUAUGCGCUGGUGAAUAUUAUUUACUUGUGCAUGCAUAUGGUUGAAAUCAAGCUAAUUUGUGUGUACGGACGUGACAAGAGUAUAGAAAUAGGAUAGUAGUGUACCAGUGUAUGUUUGUGAGUUAAUUAAAGUAAUUUCUAGAGCUUAUUGUAAGGAUUUGUUGUAUGUGAGGGUGUAGUUAGUAUAUAUAGGUGGGUACGGUGUACAAGAAUAAUUGUGUGCAAGCAUGCAUGAUGAGGAUGUGUUGUGUGAGUAAUAUAUAAUUCAUACACAUAUGUGGUAUGUGGACCGUGGUGUAUGCAUAUACAUGUACUGUUGUUUGUA